CUGAUGAGCAAUCAGGAGUCCUGCUUCUUCUUUUUCCGUCCGUCUUCAAACAGGAGCUGCUCCUCUUCUUCCACAGCGAACAGAGAUUUCUUUCCUCCCUUUCAUUUUUCACCUUCAUACAAAACCACGGAGGAUACUUUUGUUUUCUCUUUCUUAAUAAAUACUCCUUGAAAAAUUUGAAAGUGGCUUCUGGGUAUUUGUAAGGUGGAAGAGUGACCCAUCGCCACUGAAUGCAGCAUGGGCUCAGAUGAUUCGUACAACUUUGUAUUUAAAGUGGUUUUGAUCGGUGAGUCCGGUGUGGGAAAGAGCAACCUCCUGUCCCGCUUCACCAAGAAUGAGUUCCUGCACGACAGCCGCACCACCAUCGGCGUGGAGUUCAGCACGAGGACCGUCCAGCUGGACAACUUCACCAUCAAAGCUCAAAUCUGGGACACAGCUGGGCUGGAGCGUUACAGGGCUAUCACCUCAGCCUACUACAGAGGAGCGGUUGGAGCGUUGCUGGUGUACGACAUCAGCAAACAUCUGACGUACGAGAGCGCCGAGCGAUGGCUGAAGGAGCUGUAUGAUCACGCAGACCCUCACAUGGUGGUUAUGCUGGUGGGCAACAAGAAGGACCUGGAGAGCCUCAGGACCGUUCCCACAGAGGAGGCCAAAGAUUUUGCAGAUAAGAAAGGCCUCAUGUUCAUGGAGACGUCGGCGUUGGACUCCACAAACGUAGAAGCUGCUUUCAACGAAGUCCUUACAGCGAUCCAUAAGAAGGUGGCCAGCAGAGAGGUGACCCGCGGCUCCAUCAGCGCAGUGACCCUGUCCAGUCCGCUGGGGCUGACAAGAGAGGCCCAGGAAGAGCGGAAAGGCUGCUGCAAGAGUUCCUGAUGGACUGAUAUGUGUUGAACCAGCACCAUGCUUGACUGAAGUUAAAGCCCUCUGCCUCUCUUUCAGUCCGACGAGCGAGGCAGCGCAGUCUGUCGGAAACCUUUUUAAAUAUAAACUGUACAGUUUGUAGGUCAUUGAUUUAGUGCUCAGGCAUCGAGUGAAUCCGUCUUUUAUAGUCAUGUUUUAUAUAGAAUAUUUCUUCAGAGCAGAAGGUGGGUGGGAAAAUUUCUACUUUAGAUAGCUGUGUUUUUUGUUCUCUUCAUGGUUUAAGAGAUGCUUUGCAAAGUCGUGUUUUGUUUUUGUAAGCGGGAGAAUUUUGACUUGGAAUAAAUUAUUUAAAUGUU